CCUCGGUUACGCCUCUCAUGGACAUCGUGCUGUGCUACGUGUUUGUGUGUUGCUGCUAAUUCUAUGAUAUUUAUGAAUGUACUGGAAAGAUCUGAUAAUAGUAUUGAUCUCUGUUCUGCAUUUCUCUAAUUUAUCAGAACCUCCGGGAGACCCGACUGUCAGCUGCAGGAAGUUUGUUUCUGAAGGGGAAUCAGAAACAUGCGACUGUGAGGCCCGCUUCCAUGAUGACAGGCCCUCGGACUUCUCGCUGACGUGGCCCGGACACUCGGACACCCGCUCCCUGUCUCUGACCAACGUCAUGCGGCGAGCUAACGGAACUGUCUUCACCUGCUUGAUGAUCUGGAAUGGACAUCGCAGGACGGCCAACUACACACUGCAAGUUGCUUAUGGACCAGACGACGAGCACACCACAAUCAUAGAUCCACGCACUGUCAUCGCAGACGGCAGGAAGUCUUUAACUUUAACCUGCAGGUCGACUGACGUGAACCCUGCCCCUGUGUACACCUGGGACACAGACAGGUGCGAGAAAGAGGACAUGGUCAUCGGCACUUGCACCUUUACACCUGCGCCGCUGCGUGAUGACGGUCGGCAACUUCAAUGUGUUGCCCAAAGCCAAGCAGGAGGCAACAAUAAAGGAACCGCUACUAUUUCUCUUAAUCUUUCAUAUCCACCCACAGACCCCCCAGUGAUAACAGGCUACACACCCGGUGACGUCAUCUCGCGCGGCAGUCAGCUGAUGUGUAACAUCAGCGGAGGAAAACCGAUGAUUUCCAAAGUCAUCUUCACCUGUGAGAGCUUGACAGUGCAGUACACCAACAACAUCCAGUCUGAGGUGGGCAGUGUGUCCAGUUCUCUCAUCAUCGAUGAUAUAAACGGCAAGAAUAACAGCGUUUUGUGCACGUGCCGGGGUGUGUGGGAGCCUCAAGAAGAUCUGUACACACUGACAAACCAGAUCCUAAUACAUACACAGGACAAUGAUGAUGUGCAACAUAACACCUACGCGGGGUGGAUUGUAGGAUUGUUCAUCAGUUUCUUGGCUGGUGCAAUCUCACUCCCAGUAUUUCUCUAUUUGAAAAGAAAAUGUCCUUCGAGGUUCAUAGCAUUCAAUCAGAAUGUUCAGAGGGAGGAAACUGAGGACCAUUCAGCAGAUCCACUAGAUGAUCCACUGUAAUUGCUGUCUGUCCAUGACAGACAUAACUUUUAGUAAGUGCAGAUAAGGAGACAGACAGGCGAGUGGUUGGAGUACUGGCGUCCGAGGUGAAAAGCACGAUGGUUCGAUACCCGUGUAGAGCAGGCCACUUCUUCAAGUCAACCCAGUUAGCGGGAAUGGAUACUGGACGCCAGGGAGGGUUAGGGAAUGUAAGGCAGCAAAGAAGAGGAGAUGAACAUCGCCAUCAGGCCCAGAGAAAAGUGAGAUCUUUAACAUCUCACUCUCGAACGACCUUUUAUCAUUUUUGUGUGUGCAGAUACAGAAGCCUUCAGCGGACUAUACAUUUUUUUUUUAAAAGGAUUGUGGACUACAGGGACUUGAAAUGUAACACUGCAUUGCUCUUUUUUUCGACUACAUUUCAUUUGUUUGUCUCCUUCACCAGUUAUCAAAACAAUUCGUACUCACAAAAUUUUUGAAAGUUCACGCUUUCAAUAAAUAAAUAAAUAAAUAAAUAAAUAAAUAAAUAAAUAAAUAAAUAAAAAUAAAUAAAUAAAUAAAUAAAUAAAAUCACCGGAAUUAACUGUGUGUGAGUAUAUGAGACACAGAGAGCGAAAGGAAAUUCAAGUAGAACAAAACUGAUAUAAAGAUCCAACUUCACAAACUUUAAAAUUUUAUUAUGAGAAAGUAAUGGGAAACAGAAAAAGUUGGGAGGAUGGUGAUUUGUUUGGGUGUGAUUGUCUCAUGACUGAUGUAACGCAGUCAUUGAGAGGUCCACUAGCAUAAACUGUCAAGUUUAGGAUAAACUGUGAAGAUUAGGUUUGAGUCCAGUUAUGAGUUGUGAUGUUUUAUUUUUUCUGUAGUACUCUCCUUCUAGGUUUGAGGCCAGUUAUGGGUUGUGAUGUUUUAUUUUUUCUGUAGUACUCUCCUUCUAGGUUUGAGUCCAGUUAUGGGUUGUGAUGUUUUAUUUUUUCUGUAGUACUCUCUAUCUCGACCAAGAAAGGGAACCUGACGAUUUUCUUUGUUGUUGUGGCGCUAAGUCCUAACCAGGCUUUCUUUGUGAAAUCGUAAGAAUAUUUGUUAAAGGAACAUAAUCUGUCCACUUGAAAAUAUGCUAAAGGGUGUCUGUCAGUGUCUGCUUUUGAACCUGCAAAUCUUUUAAUCUGUAAGGUGUUUUUCUGGUUUUGUACAUUUGUGUGAGCUGCUUUCUGUGUUCCUGCUAUGUUGUAAAAUAUUGAAUGAAAAUUGGGGAUAGUUAUAUUAGUAGUAUUGCAAGUUUAAAGCUGAAAGAUUGUUAGAUCUUAAGGCCUCUCUUUUUCCUUCCUUCCACAUUACCGAACAGCAUUGAGGUGGAUGGUCAGAAAGAAAGGGAAUGGUGCCAUGUAACUUAUUCGGGUCAAGAAUGUCCCACAGGCUUAGUCACGGUGACUAAACAUAUGUCUUGAAGAUAGACUUACAUUGAGAUGACACCAUCUACUGCAAUUGACCAGAAUAAAUGUAGACAUAUGCAAGUAUGUUAUGGGUGAAAGGGGUAGAAAAUAUUCGAAAAAACUGGAGAACAGAGUUCAGUCGCAGUUUGGCAAGGAACUGUAAAAUUGUGGCACUGAAGAUAGCGAUCGUCGAGGUGGAAAGACUUACUUCGAAGAGAUACCUAGACUGAAGGGAACCUCGUCUGGACGAGAUAGAGUGUAAAGAAGUGUAGACAAGUAGACAGAGUGUAGAUAGAGUGUAGAGAAGAGGCGCUCGGGAUAUCAACCAUCGGGCUACAGGAUGGACAUCAGCGGAGUCCCCUUGUUGAGCUGCAUUCCCAGGAUCUUCAACUACCUUAGGGGAGUCGAUUAUAUUAUUAUAUUAGGGAUCCUGAACUCAAGAGGAACGAUCGCCUCGGCUGGAAUAAAAUCAGAACUGUGAGCAUGGAAAACUAUGCCAGAGAUAGAUGCUGCUCCUGAACAAGGAAACGUAUAAUUGUAGUUUGAAUGGUUGAAUGAUGACAGCGUGCACGGUCGGAAGUUUGUUUGAAUUAUGAUAUUCGCUUUUUGGUAUUGGUUGUAAAGAUUAACUAUGUUCAUUAAAGGCUAUAGAGUUGCUUUAUCUAGAAGUGCAUUCUGGCCAUAUUUAUUGGUAUAUUGGUUGCUUGACUUUGUGUAGCAUUGCCUCCCCUGGCCAAGUUUUGCGCCGUAAGAUUUGCUGAUCAUAGAGAUAACUGUGGCUGAUUGGAUGACCACUAAUCACAAAUGGUGUGGAUAAGUAUUCGUGUUGUCAUCUAAAGUCUUUGGUCCGGGACAGACGACCUGGUCAGCCUAAUGCAAUCGUUGUGUUUUUUGCUGAAAGAAUGAGCAAUUGUCCUGCGUAAAUAUGUUGAUUAACCAUUCGUACUGUGACAAGCCUAUUUUUUAUACUUUAUUAACAUUUUCUGUCUAUUAAAUGUUGUCAAUG